AAAAAAAAAAAAAAGUUGAAACACAGAGGGCACCUACUUGAUACUGAGGGUAAAGGGCAGGUGUUCUUGCACCACCUGAUGUAUAUCUGUGCACGCCACUGGCAUCAAUACUUAAGGACUGAAAAUGUAUACAUUUCAAGCAAACCUCUCCAGACGCACAAAGCGGGCCAAGUGGGAUUUCUCACCAGCGUGUGUGUGAUCACCCUCAGUGGGGCAGUUUUCGUUGACGAAGCUGGAGGGAUGAUCACGGGGUCCCUAUAAGAAGGGAGUCAGGAAACGAGGAUGCAAGCAGUGAGCAGUGGCAACAAGGAGGGAAAAAGUGCGCAAGACCAAAGUCUCAUCGCUCGACAUGGAGAUGCCCUCGAAACUCGCUUUCCUCAUUGUAGUGAUCUCCGUACUGGUCGCUUGCAGUCCGACGGACGCAUGGUACAAGCAAGUGGCCGGUCCAAGCUACUAUUCGGUGGGCAGAGCGUCCGGUUUGUUGUCCGGGAUCCGGAGGUCACCGUACGUGAGGAGAGAGGAGCCUCAGCCGUCCGACAGCGGAGAGACAGCCAGCAACAGCGUGUUUUCUGACUUAACUUCGCACAAUUCCAUCUUGAAGACGGUGCCCGUCUGCAUCAAAGAUAUUACACCAGAUCUGCAGAGCUGUGAACUCAUCCAGGAAAUCAAGGGUUCAUUUAAGUGCAAAGCCGAUGUCUUCCUCUCCCUGGACUCCUCAGACUGUGCAAGAGACUGAGCUGUGAAGCCGACAGCUGGACUGGAUGAUGAAGCCUACUUCUUGAAUUGACAAUUUUAAAAACUGUACAUGUAACUUAACACAGGCGUUGCACUAGAUGGAAGAUGCUAUUUUUCCAUGUACCAUUUCAUCCAGCUUAUUGAUCUUAUGACAGACCUGUCAUAAAACUUGAAGCUGUAAAAGUAAUGUUUGAAUGUACAUAUAUGAUCUGAAUUUUCAUUAAUAAACUAAUCAUAUUGCAGCCCUUGUUGAAACAGAAUAAUGAAAAA